AUGGAUGUGGACGUGGACGUGGACAUGGACGUGGACGUGGACGUGGACGUGGACGUGGACGUGGACAUGGACGUAGACAUGGACGUGGACGUGGACGUGGACGUCGACAUGGACGUGGACGUGGACAUGGACGUGGACGUGGACGUGGACGUGGAGGACGUGGACGUGGACGUGGACGUGGAGGACGUGGACGUGGACGUGGACGUGGACGUGGACGUGGAGAACUUGGACGUGGACAUGGACGUGAACGUGGACGUGGACGUGGACGUGGAGGACUUGGACGUGGACAUGGACGUGGACGUGGACGUGGACGUUGACGUGGACGUGGACGUGGAGAUGGACGUGGACGUGGACGUGGACGUGGACGUGGACAUGGAGGUGGACGUGGACGUGGACGUGGACAUGGAGGUGGACGUGGACGUGGACAUGGACGUGGACAUGGACGUGGACGUGGACGUGGACGUGGACGACGUGGACGUGGACGUGGACGUGGACGUGGAGAACUUGGACGUGGACAUGGACGUGAACGUGGACGUGGACGUGGACGUGGAGGACUUGGACGUGGACAUGGACGUGGACGUGGACGUGGACAUGGACGUGGACGUGGACGUGGACGUGGACAUGGACGUGGACGUGGACGUGGACGUGGACGUGGAUAUGGACCUGGACAUGGACGUGGACGUGGACGUGGACAUGGACGUGGACGUGGACCUGGUCGUGGACGUGGACAUGGACGUGGACGUGGACGUGGACGUGGACAUGGACGUGGACGUGAACAAGACGUGGACGUGGACAUGGACGUGGACAUGGACGUGGACGUGGACAUGGACGUGGACGUGGACGUGGACGUGGACAUGGACGUGGACGUGGACGUGGACGUGGACGUGGAGAACUUGGACGUGGACAUGGACGUGGACGUGGAGGUGGACGUGGACAUGGACGUGGACGUGGACGUGGACGUGGACGUGGACGUGGACGUGGAGGUGGACGUGGACGUGGAGGUGGACGUGGAGUGGACGUGGACGUGGACGUGGACGUGGACGUGGACGUGGACAUGGACGUGGACGUGGACGUGGACGUGGACGUGGACAUGGAUGUGGACAUGGACGUGGACGUGGACGUGGAGGUGGACGUAGACGUGGACGUGGACGUGGACGUGGACGUGGACGUGGACGUGGAGGACGUGGACGUGGACGUGGACGUGGAGAACUUGGACGUGGACAUGGACGUGAACGUGGACGUGGAGGUGGACGUGGAGGACUUGGACGUGGACAUGGACGUGGACGUGGAGUGGACGUGGACGUGGACGUUGACGUGGACGUGGACGUGGACAUGGACGUGGACGUGGAUGUGGACGUGACGUGGACGUGGACGUGGACGUGGACGUGGACAUGGACGUGGACAUGGACGUGGACGUGGACGUGGACAUGGACGUGGACGUGGACGUGGACGUGGACGUGGACGUGGAGUGGACGUGGAGUGGACGUGGACGUGGACAUGGACGUGGACGUGGACGUGGAGAACUUGGACGUGGACAUGGACGUGAACGUGGACGUGGACGUGGACGUGGAGGACUUGGACGUGGACAUGGACGUGGACGUUGACGUGGACAUGGACGUGGACGUGGACGUGGACGUGGACGUGGACAUGGACGUGGACGUGGACGUGGACGUGGACAUGGACCUCGACAUGGACGUGGACGUGGACGUGGACAUGGACGUGGACGUGGACCUGGUCGUGGACGUGGACGUGGACGUGGACGUGGACAUGGACGUGGACGUGGACGUGGACAUGGACGUGGACGUGGACGUGGACGUGGACAUGGACGUGGACGUGGACGUGGACGUGGACGUGGAGGUGGACGUGGAGUUGGACGUGGACGUGGACGUGGACGUGGACGUGGACGUGGACGUGGACGUGGACGUGGACGUGGACAUGGAUGUGGACCUGGACGUGGACGUGGACGUGGAGGUGGACGUAGACGUGGACGUGGACGUGGACGUGGACGUGGACGUGGAGGACGUGGACGUGGACGUGGACGUGGACGUGGACAUGGAGAACUUGGACGUGGACAUGGACGUGAACGUGGACGUGGAGGUGGAAGUGGAGGACGUGAACGUGGACGUGGACGUGGACGUGGAGGACUUGGACGUGGACGUGGACGUGGACGUUGACGUGGACGUGGACGUGGACGUGGACGUUGACGUGGACGUGGACAUGGACGUGGACGUGGACAUGGUCGACGUGGACGUGGACCUGGACGUGGACGUGGACGUGGACGUGGACGUGGACGUGGAUGUGGACAUGGACGUGGACAUGGACGUGGACGUGGACGUGGACGUGGACAUGGACGUGGACGUAGACGUAGACGUGGACAUGGAGGUGGACGUGGACGUGGACGUGGACAUGGACGUGGACAUGGACGUGGACGUGGACGCGGACAUGGACGUGGACGUGGACGUGGACGUGGACGUGGACGUGGACGUGGACGUGGACAUGGACGUGGACGUGGAGGUGGACGUGGACGUGGACGUGGACAUGGACCUGGACAUGGACGUGGACGUGGACGUGGACGUGGACGUGGACAUGGACGUGGACGUGGACAUGGUCGUGGACGUGGACGUGGACGUGGAUGGGACGUGGACGUGGACAUGGACGUGGACGUGGACGUGGAGUGGACGUGGACGUGGACGUGGACGUGGACGUGGACCUGGACGUGGACGUGGACGUGGACGUGGACGUGGACGUGGACGUGGAUGUGGACAUGGACGUGGACAUGGACGUGGACGUGGACGUGGACGUGGACAUGGACGUGGACGUAGACGUAGACGUGGACGUGGACAUGGACGUGGACGUGGACGUGGACGACUUGGACGUGGACAUGGAGGUGGACGUGGAGUGGACGUGGACGUGGACGUGGACGUUGACGUGGACGUGGACGUGGACAUGGACGUGGACGUGGAUGUGGACGUGACGUGGACGUGGACGUGGACGUGGACGUGGAUAUGGACGUGGACGUGGACUGGACGUGGAGUGGACGUGGACGUGGACAUGGACGUGGACGUGGACGUGGACGUGGAGGACGUGGACGUGGACGUGGACGUGGACGUGGAGAACUUGGACCUGGACAGGGACGUGAACGUGGACAUGGACGUGGACGUGGAGGACUUGGACGUGGACAUGGACGUGGACGUGGACGUGGACAUGUACGUGGACGUGGACGUGGACGUGGACGUGGACGUGGACAUGGACGUGGACGUGGACGUGGACGUGGACGUGGACGUGGACCUGGACAUGGACGUGGACGUGGACGUGGACGUGGACAUGGACGUGGACGUGGACAUGGUCGUGGACGUGGACGUGGACAUGGACGUGGACAUGGACGUGGACGUAUACGUAGACGUGGACGUGGACGUGGACAUGGACGUGGACGUGGACGUGGACGUGGACGUGGAGGACGUGGACGUGGACGUGGACGUGGACGUGGACGUGGAGGACUUGGACGUGGACAUGGACGUGGACGUGGAGUGGACGUGGACGUGGACGUGGACUGGACGUGGAGUGGACGUGGACGUGGACAUGGACGUGGACGUGGACGUCGACGUGGACGUGGACGUGGACAUGGACGUGGACGUGGACGUGGACGUGGAUGUGGAGGACGUGGACGUGGACGUGGACGUGGACGUGGAGAACUUGGACGUGGACAUGGACGUGAACGUGGACGUGGACGUGGACGUGGAGGACUUGGACGUGGACAUGGACAUGGACGUGGACGUGGACAUGGACGUGGACGUGGACGUGGACGUGGACGUGGACGUGGACAUGGACGUGGACGUGGACGUGGACGUGGACGUGGACAUGGACGUGGACAUGGACGUGGACGUGGACGUGGACGUGGACAUGGACGUGGACGUGGACAUGGUCAAGGACGUGGACGUGGACGUGGACGUGGACAAGACGUGGACGUGA